AUGGUGGUAAAAACAGAAGGUUGCAUUUCACAUACCCAUGAAACUGGUCGGCAUGAUGAUAGAGGCAAUGGAGUGGUUGUUUUGAAGCCGAGGCGAGUGAUGGAAGUUGUAUUAGCAGAGGUGGAUCUUGGUCGUCGGAUUGAGAGAAUGUUAGACAGUUCGGAUAAAGGGAAGGUAACCCGAGAGGUUGGACGAUCCAGAGCGUUCAUUUUGAAAUAUUAUCUAUGGUGGAAAAACGAGGCGUAUAGAGGAAGAUGGAAGUUGAUGGGACCGAUGACUAAGGGACUUCGGAGCAGUGACGGAGAGAUUGUGAUGGUCGCUAAGAGUCGAGGGAGCGACGACCUUGAUGGUCUUGAAAAGCUUAAGAUUCAUCGGCGAGAGCAAUGCACACGAGGUUUCGGAUCACGCCGUCACGCCCCUUUCCCAAAUAGCCCUAGUUCAACAGACCUGUCUGCUGGGUCGCCGCUGCCGCUGCCGCUGCCUAGUCCCUGGCUUCCGCUCACGCCGGCUGCAUCCGCUUAUUGUCGGUUGGGUAUCAGUAUUAAGCCAGUUAGAGACACGAGAGAGAAGCAGAUACAGCUCUGGAAGGAGCUCAUACUUGAUUACUCUCGGUCUCAAAAAGUUUAUGUUGUCGGACUCGAUGAAGAUUUCCCAUUGUUCACCAAUCCAGUGAUUGAAAGAUCUCUAAGUCAUGAAGCUAGGGAGGCAUUUAUGUCAGCCUUAGUUGCUGAAGGACGUGCAGAAUGGUAUAAGAGUCACAGAAAAUGUCUAAUCCUUUGGCAUCGGAUACAAGAUUGGGCUGACUUGAUAAUACGUUUUGUUCAAGAUAAUGGGCUUGAGGAUAGCGUUAUGACAGUUGAGGAAAUACGUUCAGGGGUUGAGUCUCGAGGGACAGAGGGUUACUGUACCGGUCUGUCAAUCGUAUCCGAUAUUACCGUCAAUGCAAGUCGAUACGGUAAAAAAGUGUUGCUUCAGUUCCUCCGGGGAGCCCUCCCUUUGUACAUAAUGUCUUGCUUCUUAUUGCCCAAGGAUCACAGAAUUGAUCAACAAUUUACCUCUUUUUGGUGGAGCAAAGGGAACACCAACAUAAAGAACAUCCAUUGGAGAUCUUGGAAUCUUUUAUCUCUGCGAAAAGACAAGCUGAAAGUGGGUGAUAUUCUGAGCAUCAACGACCUUGACACAUUUAAAGAAGACAAGCUGAUUUGGGACUAUGAUAACAAAGGGAACCUCUCAGUGGCCUUUGUAGUAAGCUGGAUAUUGCUGAAAAAAGCUCUGAGCAAGAAGAAGCAAAAGGAAUGA